AAAAAAAAAAAAGAAGGUUAGAGAAGUAUUGACGAAAAUUCUUCGGCGACUUUGUUUUUAUUUACAUUCAAUCUCCCGGCGGCUCUCCGAACCGUAUCCCCACUCUGAUCUUCUCCAUUGAAGAGCAAUCAGCUGUGAUAAGAGAUCUGCGCCGCGAUGUUGGGCGUUUUACGGCGUAAAGUCGCUUCCAGCGCCUCAUCUGCUUCGGCAUUAGGAAAAUCGCUGCAUACAGUUCGACCUGGAUUAUUGACCCCAAGAGCUUGCUCCGUUGUGGCUGAAGAGAUAUUAAUUCAUCCAAUAGGAUGUGGUCAAGCUCGAAAUUUCUGCCACCUCAAUUUACCAGGGAACACAAUGAAUUUGCGAGCACAAAGGGGAGCUAUAUCUAAUCUUCAUCCAGGUGUAACACUACAGAUUUGGAAUAGAGCAUUUUGUUCAAGUGGAGCUGAUCUGGUUGAUGCUGUUGUUCCACAUAUGGGUGAAUCCAUAACUGAUGGCACACUUGCUACAUUCUUGAAGAAACCCGGUGAUAGAGUAGAAGUUGAUGAGGCAAUUGCUCAGGUUGAAACAGAUAAGGUAACAAUUGAUGUUACCAGUCCUGAAGCCGGUGUAAUACAGGAGUAUGUAGUCAAGGAAGGGGAUACUGUGGAACCAGGUACCAAGGUUGCUAUCAUUUCAAAAUCUAGUGGAGGUGUGGAUCAUGUGGCUCCAUCUGAGAAGCCAUCCGGAAAAGAUACCCCACAGCCAUCUUCAAUUGAUGAACAGAAAGAGAAACCCAAGCCGAAAGUUGAAGCUCCUCCUGUCAAGGAAAUUCCCAAGGAAACUAAAGCUCCUUCCCCCAAACGCUCUGCUACAGAACCUCAGCUUCCUCCUAAAGAAAGAGAAAGACGGGUUCCUAUGACCAGGCUCAGAAAAAGAGUUGCCACUCGUUUGAAGGACUCACAGAACACAUUUGCAUUGUUGACAACUUUCAAUGAAGUUGAUAUGACUAAUUUGAUGAAACUCCGUUCUGAAUACAAGGAUGCUUUUGUUGAAAAGCAUGGGGUGAAGCUAGGUCUUAUGUCUGGGUUUAUUAAAGCUGCAGUUAGUGCACUCCAGAAUCAGCCAAUAGUUAAUGCAGUGAUUGAUGGUGAUGACAUUAUAUAUAGAGACUACAUAGACAUCAGUAUAGCUGUUGGCACCCCAAAGGGCCUUGUUGUCCCAGUUAUCCGCGAUGCUGAGAAGAUGAACUUUGCUGAUAUAGAAAAGACAAUUAAUGCACUGGCUAAAAAGGCUAAUGACGGAAGUAUAUCUAUUGAUGAGAUGGCUGGCGGAUCAUUCACGAUAUCAAAUGGUGGUGUUUAUGGAAGUCUUCUGAGUACCCCCAUCAUCAAUCCGCCUCAGUCUGCCAUCCUGGGCAUGCACUCAAUUGUGAACCGUCCAAUGGUCGUCGGAGGCAACAUUGUUUCUAGACCAAUGAUGUACAUUGCCUUGACUUACGAUCAUAGGCUGAUUGAUGGAAGAGAGGCAGUGUUCUUUUUGAGAAGGAUUAAAGAUGUGGUUGAAGAUCCUCGCCGCUUGCUCCUUGACAUAUGAUUUCGGAGCUUGGUUUGAUUACGUAUAUUCCUGAGUUGGUAUUUUGAGUUGGUAUUUUACUCAAAUCUUGAGCAAGAAGAAUAAAUGUACUGAUUCCAAAGUUUUGUAGGGUUUCAUAAUUAUUGCGUUGAUCGUAAAUUAUGGGUUGCGGCUAGAACACACAUGGACUGAGCCCCCUUGUUUUUUUAACAAAUUUCUAGCCGCUGUCAUGCAGGGGCUCUAUUGCUUUUGUUACGCUGGAGAAUGCGUUGCCUGCGUUCUUCUGAAAUAUACCAAUUUCAUUUGUGUUUUAUUUAUAUUUUAUUUAUGCUUCUCUGCAAAA